AUGGCAAAUGAAAGAUUGAUUGGACUUGGGAAUUUAGACAAAAAUAAUGAUCAAAUACCUUUAUUAAAUGACCAAACGACAACAGACCUUAAAGGAAUUUUGAUCGAAAAUGGAAAAAUUGAAAGGGAAAUUAAUAAUGAAAAAUUGAUGGGUUUAGUAGAAGUUCGUAGAACAACACAACCAUCUUCAUUUAAUGCUUCAAUUAAAUUAGGUGUACUUAUUUGGUUAACUGUUCAAAAUGCUGUCCAUGCAUUACUUCUUCGAUAUUCUCGACCAAAAGAUACUUUAAAAGUUUGCUUGCCAUCAAUGCUUUAUAUUUUACAAAAUAAUUUAUUCUACACUGCUGCUUCUCAUUUAAAUGCUGCUACUUUUAUGAUAAUUUCUCAAUUAAAAAUCUUCUCGGCAGCAAUUUUUUCAAUAAUUUUAUUAAAUCGUUCUUUACUUCGUGCUCAAUGGAUUUCUUUAAUUAUUUUGUUUAUUGGUGUUUGUUUAGUACAAAUGCAACCCGAGGACGAGCAAAAACAAAAUACUGAAAGAAAAAAUGUAAUGAGUGAACAAAACGUUUUGACAGGAUUUAUUGCUGCAAGUAUUGCUUGUGGACUUUCCGGAUUUUCUGGAGUAUUUUUUGAAAAAAUUUUGAAAGGAUCGGCGCCUGUUUCUCUUUGGAUGAGAAACAUUCAAAUGGCUGUUUUUUCAAUUCCUGCAAGUUUUUUGGCUACAAUGAUCCAAGACGGCUCUAAAAUAUCAGAACACGGUUUUAUGUAUGGUUGGGAUAUUGUAGUUUGGACAACAGCUUUUUGGUAUGCCGUUGGAGGUCUUUCUGUUGCUGUUUGUUUGAAAUAUGCGGACAAUAUUGCCAAGAAUUUUGCUACUUCUGUUGCAAUUAUUUUGGCGACUCUUGGAUCUAUUCAAUUUUUUGGUUUCAAACCAAGUUUACUUUUUACAUUGGGGGCUACUUUAGUUAUUUUAUCGAUAUUUCUUUAUUCUUCGUCAACACAAAUUCUUCGAUUUUUUGGAAUAUAUUCAACACAAUCAAAUAAAAAGGGAAGAAAAAUACCUCCAGAAAAGGGUUGUCCAGCAUAA